AUGCGUGGACUGGCUCGACGGACCGUUCUUUUCGGCUGCUUCAACGUUGCUCGGGACUUUCCACCAGGCGUAUUUUUUAUCCUUCUCAUCCCUAUAGGUACUGUGGUGUGCCUCCCAGUGCUGGUUUUCAGUCCAUUGAUGUUGGAAUUGGUGUCGUACAGCACCCUGCUGCUACUCACAUGUGUUGCUCUCAUACUUGCCGUGCUGAGCGAAUGGACGAUGGUCAACUUGUUUCUCUGCGACCCCGGGUUUACCGACGACGCUGAGGCUGAGGACGUCCAUCGGUGUCCGGUGUGCCAGCUUUACGUGAGGGGCUACGAUCACCACUGUGGCAUUCUAGGGGUGUGCGUUGGGGAACGUAACUUUGGGUUUUUCAUAUCCCUCUUGGCGAGUGGUGGUUUCCUCUUGUGGUUGUUUGUUGGGGUUUCCGGAGUCAGCGUCGUCUCGUCGUUAAAGCAGGCAUUUCAGCAUCGCCCAUUUCGUGAAGGCCUGCUGCUGCUGCUGACGAGGGAGUGGUGGCUGGCUUCAAAACUGAGACUUGUCACGUUUAUCCUCUUCUUCUUGUUCUGCUACGGGGCGCUGUUCACAACCCUAAUGGGCGCCGUUUACUGGUUUUGGCUUUGCCGGGGGAUGCAUUCGCUGCAGCGGAGGCGGGACCCGGCGCUACGAAUGACGGCGAGCGGUGUUUUUCGCCACAUGCGGUCCCCCACUUUGGCAGGGACGGCGCUGCUGGACCUCGCCAGUGCCGAGAGUGAAAUGCAGGAGAGUUCGGUCAAGGAAGCAGUGUAA